AAUGCUCCUCAAUAAAUAACAACAGUUAGAAUAAUUUAACAUAAAUUGAACAAUAUCUUCGAAUUGCUUGGAAUUGAAAAAUCACAUUAACUUUAACGGUAUUAAAAAAAAAAAAAACCACGAAGACUAAAAGUGCCUAAAUUUCUUUAUGCGACAAAAUUAUUACGCAAGUCGCAUAUUUAAAAUAAAAUGGACUGUUGACUGAGAAGCAUAAAACACCUCCUACAUCGCGACAAUUGAAAUUACCAGAAAAGGGCAAGUGAAACGUUCUCUCCCACCGAAUAAAUAAGCCAAGGGAUUUUGUCAAAAAAAAAAAAAAAAGCCAAGGGAUAUCUGUUGGAGUGUUCAUUUUUGUCUUGGCAGACCCAAAAAGUUAAAAAAAUUAAAAAUUAAAAAUUAAAAAAAAACCUUCAUAUUUGUCUUCUUGCCAUUGUGCCACUUGGUUAUUUUCUGGGGCCCCCAAUCAAUGUGUAACUAAAAAGUGAAUUUCAUAUACACAUUGAUUUUAUUUAUAUAUAUUACAUGUGCAUACGAGGAUCAAGCCUCACCCACAUCUAGCCAAUCAAAGUUCUCACUUCUAUUGCUCCUCAUCACCUCUCCAAUUCCCCCUUCACUCAUUUCUUAUCUGUCAUAUAUCAAACUCAAAACUCACAAACACAACACAUCUCUCCAUAUCUCUAAGCCCAUCUCCUCCCUUCCCCUUUGGCCCUCCUAACUUCUCCUACUUCUCCUCCUCCUCCUCCACCACCACCACGACCACACACAACUCUCUCUCUCUCUCUCUCUCUCUCUCUAUGGCAACCAAGUCUUUCGAAUCCAUAUGCCACAAUCACCACUCACUCCUCAACCACCACCACCACACAGAGAUAGCUCCUUCCACACUCUCCUCCACUCUCUUCCUCAAACCCACCACCACAAACACCCCAAACACCAUAAGCAUUUCUUCUCUCUCCUCCACCAAAACCUUCUCAAUCUCACCCACCACUUCACUCUCCACACCCUCCUCCACCCAAGCCAUCUCCUUUGACCUCCUACAGCAGCACCUCUCCACCCAAAACUUCCGUGAAGCGGACGAAGAAACCCGCCGCCUCCUCAUCGUCCUGGCCGGAGAACAAGCCCAGAAGCGAGGCUACGUCUUCUUCUCCGAGGCCCAGUUCAUCUCAGAAGCCGACCUCAAGGCCAUUGACGACCUCUGGAGGCAGCACAGCAACAACAAAUUUGGGUACAGCGUCCAGAGAAAAAUAUAUGGCAAAGUGAGCAAUGACUUCACCAAAUUCUUCAUUAAGGUUGGGUGGAUGAAGAAGCUGGACACAGAAGUUGAGCAAUACAACUACAGAGCCUUCCCCAAUGAGUUCAUCUGGGAGCUCAACGAGGACACACCAGAAGGCCAUCUGCCAUUGACGAAUGCUUUGAGAGGAACCCAGCUGCUCAAAAGCAUUUUAGAACAUCCAGCUUUCAAGCCCACAGAGGAAGAGCUGCUUCAGGCCAAGGCUGCAGGUGAAGACAUGGGCAAUGGAGUUACAGGGUUGAAAGGGUUCAUGGAUGGCUCCAAAAGCAAAAGAGUGCUCAAAUCAGACUAUAGCUUUUGAAUUUGAAAUAUGAUCAAUUUGAAUGUUCUGGAACUUACCCAGUAUCAAUAUUUGCACAGGAAAUUAAAAUGACAUUUGGGGUUUUUGUAACAAUUAAUUAAUGUGCUUGGUUGAUGAUUGCUUCUA